CCACAUCUUUUGUGCUUCAUUUUCUGACGUAUUUUAUAAACUUCACAGUCUCUUUCUGUCAGUGUGUAGAAUAUUUUCUGGGAACAAGAAUAGUUUUUUCUACGAAAUUAUUCCAAGAGCUGUUACCUCAUAUGAAUAUUAAGGGAAACCUCUUGAAUUACACAGAGCCCCUGAGCACGGCGAAAAAUAUCAGAAAAAUGGUUUCAGUCGGACAACAACGGUGCAGGGCCAUCUUAAAGGACAAUCUGCUGGUCAUUUUAAUGAUCAUUGCGGUGGUCAUCGGAACUGGCAUGGGACUAGGCCUCAGAAAUGAAAUCUCGACAAAAGACAAGAAGGCGAUAUUUUAUUUACAAUUUCCCGGAGAUCUGCUGCUAAACAUGUUGAAAAUGUUGAUUUUGCCUCUGAUCGUGUCCAGUUUGGUAAGCUCCAUGUCUGGCCUUAAAGCUCAGGCCACUGGACGAAUGGGACUCAGAACUGUGGUUUACUAUAUGCUCACUACAUUCGGUGCGGUCAUUCUUGGAAUCAUUCUUGUGUCGACUAUCCGACCUGGUCAUAAAAGGGACACUGACAUCGAGAGAAGUGGGACACCGAAAUCUGCCGAGGGAGUGUCGGCGUUGUUAGACCUAAUCAGGAAUUGCUUUCCGCCAAACUUGAUCCAAGCAUGUUUUCAAAAGCAAGAGACAGUAACUGAAUAUGAGAAAAUUAACGUCAAACAGUAUAUCCUAGGACUGAACGCCACAUAUAAUAGCACUACAGGCAGUGAUACCAACAACUCGACUCUUAUAAACGAGACAAUCUACACCCAAAAGACCAUUAAUGGUGAAGUUAUUUCUAUGAAGGUGCACUAUGCCGAAGGAAUGAACGUUCUUGGCCUCGUGGUGUUCUCGCUAUUUCUCGGUGGAGUUUUAACAAAUCUCGGUGAAAAAGGGAAACCUCUUGUAGAUGUAUUUGAUUGUCUACAUCUGGCAACUAUGAAACUGAUAACCCUUGUCAUAUGGUACUCACCGUUUGGAAUUGUUUUCCUUAUCGCUGCAAAACUUAUUGGAAUGGAGAAACCAAUAGAGAUGUUUACUCAGCUUGGCUACUACAUGUUGACUGUAUUGGUCGGACUGGCAAUCCAUGCAUUUAUAGUUCUGCCACUGAUUUACUUCUUGUUUACGAGGAAGAAUCCCUAUAAGUUUCUGUAUGGAAUGCUUCAGCCAAUGCUUACAGCCUGGGGCACAGCAUCAAGCUCUGCAACGUUACCCGUGACAAUGGAUUGCCUUCAGAAAAGAAACCACGUGGACCACCGUGUAACUAUGUUUGUCACUCCAAUUGGCGCCACCAUUAACAUGGACGGAACAGCACUGUACGAGGCUGUGGCCGCCAUCUUUAUUGCACAAUACCUAGGAGUGCCUUUAGAUAUAGGACGGAUAAUAAUUAUAAGUCUGACGGCCACAGCGGCAGCUAUUGGGGCUGCAGGAGUUCCGUCAGCGGGGCUCGUUACCAUGGCGAUAGUUUUGUCUGCGGUCGGACUUCCUGUGGAGGAAGUGAGACUAGUUCUUGCACUUGACUGGUUUUUAGAUCGUUUUCGGACUGCAGUGAAUGUACUGGGAGACUCCUUUGGUGCGGGCAUCGUCGAUCAUCUAUCUCGUCAAGACCUAGAGGAAAUGGACAAGAAAUGUUUGAAAGACGAAAGUCAGAAAGAAGAUCACGCUAAUGGUGUUGUUAAUAAUUUGCAAACCCAUGAUAAAAACACAAACACAAAAAUGUAGGCUCAUUCGCUGUAAGAAUGAAAUAUUAUCUGAAAGUUUUAGAAUAAAUUGUUUGACCUUGA